UGAUUAGUGUUAAUGUAGUGUUUAAUUGAGCACGUGGAUGUUAAAAAGGAAAAAGAAGAAGAAGGGCAAAAUUGUCAAUGACGAGAGAUCUCACAAAUGAUUAUAAUAGAAGGGGAAGAAGAAAAAAAAAAGGGUAUAAAAAGGGCAUAAGCAUAAGCCUCUUCGCCACCCCAACUCGAAACCUUCUUGUUCAUUAUUAUAUUAUUGUUAUUCUUUGAUUGAGGGAUCCUCUUCUUCAAAGAUGAACAAGUUGUUUCUUGAGCCCUUCCGGAAGUUGGCGACGGCCGGUGGCGGCAGCCGCCGUGGUGCUCGCUGCUCCACAAAGCCUCUUGAUCAUAACUGGCAAUUCAAUCGUCCUUACAUUUCUGCAUUUUUGCCUUCCAAUGGCUUCUUUUCUUCCUCAGUUGAGGACUCGGAGAGUAACCAAAUCUCCGGCAAGGACUUGUCUCCGCCAUUAUAUAAAACCCCGAAUUCUGAGUUCAAAACUCACAAUACCAAAGUUAUUAAUCCAAAAUCUCAUUCGGCCAAUACUUCUCUUCGUCCUCCUCCAUCCUUUUCUUCUUCCAUUCGCAGAAUGACGAUCCUCGUCCCUCAGCGCCAAUUCGCAUCGGAGGCUGGGACUCAGGCGAUCUCCUUGGAUAGUAACGAGUUGGUAUUGGACGGUGGAUUUAUAAAUCCUAAAUCUUCACCAAACGACGCCGGUUUCUUUGCCCCCGAAAUCAACUCCUUUGGCCAUUCAUUCAGGGAUUACGAUAAUGCAGAAAGUGUAAGGCAAAAGACAGUUGAAGAACUCUACCGCUUGAACCACAUCAACCAAACAUAUGAUUUUGUAAAGAGAAUGAGAGAAGAAUAUGGGAAAUUGGACAAGACAGAAAUGAGCAUAUGGGAAUGUUGUGAGAUGCUGAAUGAAGUGGUUGAUGAUAGUGAUCCAGAUUUGGAUGAGCCUCAGAUUCAACAUUUGCUUCAAUCUGCUGAAGCCAUUAGAAAAGACUAUCCCGAUGAAGAUUGGCUCCACUUGACUGCUCUCAUUCAUGAUCUUGGAAAGGUUCUUAUGCUUCCUGCCUUUGGAGGGCUUCCACAAUGGGCUGUUGUUGGUGAUACAUAUCCUCUUGGUUGUGCUUUUGACAAAUCCAUUGUCCAUCACAAGUACUUCAAAGACAAUAUAGACAGCUAUAAUCCAGCUUACAACACAAAGUAUGGAAUCUAUUCUCCCGGUUGUGGACUCGACAAUGUAGUAAUCUCUUGGGGCCACGAUGACUACAUGUACUUGGUAGCUAAAGAGAACGGAACAACCUUACCUGAUGCUGGAUUAUUUAUCAUUAGAUAUCACUCAUUUUAUCCACUGCAUAAAGAAGGAGCAUAUCAACAUUUGAUGAAUAAGGAGGAUGCUGAGAAUAUGAAGUGGCUUCACAUUUUCAACAAAUACGACCUUUACAGCAAGAGCAAAGUUCUGGUUGACGUAGAAAAGGUCAAACCUUACUACCAAUCUCUUAUUCAAAAGUAUUUUCCUGCCAAGCUCAAAUGGUGAAGAUGCAUACCAAGAUGAAAAUGAUGGUUUCAUGAGCAAUGACAUAAAACGUGAUGGAUUCUUGAACCAACAAUUAGCGUCAGUUGUAUAGGAUAUUAAUUGUUGUUGUAUUUAGUUUGUGAAUCAACGAAUGAUCGAGUCUAUCCACAAUUUUAUUUCCUAAGUUCAUCUUUCUUUGUGUGUGAAGUAUUCAUCUAAGCCAAACUUUAUUGAUCUAAGCUAAGUAAUAUUUAAAUGUUUCUAAAUAUAAUGAAUGAGUUCUUGUUUUUUCCA